GCGGAGUCUCCGAGCCAGCCGGCAACAUGGCGGAGGCGGAAGGGGAAAGCUUGGAGUCCUGGCUGACAGAAGCAGCCAAGAAGAAGAAGAAAAAAAGCAGAAUGGAAAUUGGGUGAACAGUUGCUGCACUGGAAGGCAAGAGAAAGAUGGGAGGAGGGGAAACUAAACUGGACGGAGAUGGGAAAGGAGAAAUCAGUAACUGGACAGGGAAGGAAAUAAGAAGAGAGAAGCCAUGCUUUAAUGUUAUGAGAGAGUUAUAUUCACCAAACACAGUUUUUCUCAAGUCAUCUUCAAAGCUGUCCAGUGUUUUCAGCAGAACUGUUUCCUAUGUACUGGAGCUUCUCUUUGUAUAACUGAACAUAGUUAUUUUGUCCUGACUUCCAAUUCAGAAAACAUGUAGAUGAUAUUGUUACACAUCCUGUUGCUGUGACCACUAAAGCUGUGUGGAGAGUGUGUACAGAAACACUAUGGUAUUUUUAAAACAAAAACGCUUUUGGAUUCAUUGCAUCCAUGUUCUAAUAUUGAAAUUUUAAAAUAAAUAAGCAAAUGAAGAUCAAAAAGAGACAAAGCCACCAACCCUUUGAAUAGACAGGAAGAUUGGGAGUAUAUUAUUGGCUUCUGUGAUCAGAUCAAUAAAGAACUUGAAGGUCCACAGAUUGCUGUUAGAUUGCUAGCUCAUAAAAUCCAGUCACCACAGGAAUGGGAAGCAGUCCAGGCCUUGACAGUGCUGGAAGCUUGUAUGAAGAACUGUGGGCGCAGAUUUCAUAGUGAAGUAGGGAAGUUUCGUUUUUUAAAUGAGCUAAUAAAAGUUGUAUCUCCCAAGUACUUGGGAGACAGAGUGUCAGAAAAGGUCAAAACCAAAAUAAUUGAGCUGCUGUACAGCUGGACAGUUGCUUUGCCAGAUGAGUCCAAAAUCAAAGAUGCCUACUACAUGUUGAAAAGACAAGGCAUUGUCUUGUCUGAUCCUGUUAUUCCUGUGGAGAAAACCCUUAUUCCCUCUCCGCCACCUCGUCCCAAAAACCCUGUGUUUGAUGAUGAAGAGAAAUCCAAGCUUUUAGCUAAACUGUUGAAAAGCAAAAACCCAGAUGAUUUACAAGAAGCAAACAAGCUUAUUAAAUCUAUGGUGAAAGAGGAUGAGGCACGAAUACAGAAAGUAACAAAGCGCAUGCAUACUUUGGAGGAGGUGAACAACAAUGUGAAAUUGUUGAAUGAGAUGUUGAUCCACUAUAGCAAAGAAGACUCUUCCGAGGCCGAUAAAGAGCUCAUGAAGGAGCUCUAUGACAGAUGUGAAACCAAGAGACGGACAUUAUUCAAGCUGGCCAGUGAAACAGAAGAUAACGACAGCAGUUUGGGAGAUAUUCUUCAGGCUAGUGACAACUUAUCACGAGUAAUAAAUUCCUACAAAAAAAUUAUUGAAGGUCAAGUCAUCAAUGGUGAAGUAGAUCUUUCAAUGCUGCCUACAACAGAAGGAAGCAAUUCUGCUGAUAACGUCAAUACCCUCAUUGAUUUGGGGGAAUUGGAGGUUUUGAAUGUGCCACCACAACCACCACCACCACCAACACUUCUUCCGUCAGCCUUGAACGCAACACCAACUCUAACUCCAGCUCCAGCCUUAUCAGAAAUCCCCAUCCUCCCACCCCCGCCUCAGGCGACUGGUCACUCCCGGAGUCAUUCAAUCGGCCAUGCUGAAUCCAUUGCUACUCAGUCAACUAGUGCAGCCAAUUCCUUCUCUCUGCUUGAUGAGGAACUCCUGUGUUUAGGCCUCAAUGACCCUGUUCCAAGUGUAGUAAAAGAAUCAACUGAAAGCAAUCAGUGGAAUCUGCUCCAGAAUGAGCCAGUAGAUCUGGACUUCUUGAAUCCAAAGCCAGUUUCUGUUCCUUGCAACUCUGCAGUGAACCCGCUUCUUUCGUCUGUGUCACAGCCCGGAUGUGGAGCAUCAGUACCUCUUCCUUCUACCUUCACAGCCCCUCAGCCUGUUUCCAGUAUCUCUGCUCCUACCUCAACCUCUUUCAUCUUCUCUACGGGACCUCCGCUUGGCCCUUUAAGUACAAUGCCUGUAGCUUCAGGCUACUUUGGCUCAGCAAUGGGAACGAAUGAAUUGCACAAGAUAGACCCAUUAAAUCAUCUUCUAGAGGAAAACAAAGGGCCUUCAGCUUCAGCAGCCGUAACAGCCUCUACAGUCCCUGCUGCUACUUCUGCACUUCUGGCAUCUGCUACAGGAUUGCCGCUCGCUGGUCCAGGAGUCCCUCCAGUUCCAUAUCCAGGAAGUCCCAUCUUCCAAUCAGCCCUGUUCCAGCAACAAGGAAGUCCCUUGAAAGGACCUGAAAUCUCCUUGGCCAAUGUCCAUGUUCCACUGGAAUCAAUUAAGCCAAGCAGUGUUCUUCCCGUGACUGCUUAUGACAAGAACGGUUUGCGUAUUCUGCUGCACUUUGCAAAGGAGUGUCCUCCCGGGCGGCCUGACGUGUUGGUGGUGGUGGUAUCGAUGCUGAACACAGCACCUCUUCCUAUCAAGAAUAUUGUGUUACAAGCUGCGGUGCCAAAGUCCAUGAAAGUAAAGUUGCAGCCACCUUCAGGGACAGAGUUAGUUCCAUUCAAUCCCAUCAAGCCACCAGCUGCUAUUACCCAGGUCAUGUUGCUUGCAAAUCCUAGAAAGGAGAAAGUGAGGCUGAGGUAUCGACUGACUUUCACAUUGGGAGACACACCCAGCACCGAAGUGGGGGAAGUAGACCAGUUUCCUCCAGUUGAUAAUUGGGGAAAGCUAUGACCCAGAGCUAUUUCAUGGGGACUGGAAUGAAUGCGACAUGACAAAGGCACCGGCGGUAUCAGUUAGUGAUAUUUAGCUUUGUUUACAUGUCCCGUCCACUCCACUUGUAGCCGUAGUCCAGAAUGUUUCCUGCACUCUGGGACGAUAGUCUGGCGCGUAAAUGCCAAGUGUACACUUGUGGGAACAGCCAGGAACAGAGACCUGGUUGGUUUCUUUACCUUGGCCAAUCCAACUCUAUCUUCCACUUCAUUAAAACUUGAAAUAUAAAUGUUCUGGAGAAUUUGAUGAGCAGAAAUUGAAUACACUGGAACAUUAUUUCAGUUAGGCUAGAGGUCUACCAAGGGCUAUGAUGCCUUUACAAAUUCUUUUGGGAUAGAGUCCUAAUGACCUUCCUGUAUCCAAUUCUUUUUACCUCUGUGAGAUCAGAACUAGGAUAACCUUUAGGCUUGCUGAGCAAUAAGAUACACUUCCAAGAAAUGGUGGGUUUUGCCAUGAUCAAGCACUCCAUUUACAGAAUAUCUGUUCCAAGAGCCAGCAGAGCCCAUACAGAUAUUUUACACUUGCCACUUGAGAACAACACACAGGUCUCAAGUUGCUGCCUUCUAAUUUUAUACUUGUAGCUGACUUGCUUGUAUGCUUUCCCAGUAGCUGCUGAGUUUUGUUUGCACACAGCUCUGUUUUUCCUCUGCGUACACAAUUGUCUCUCUUUUGUGAAUUAGCUACACUAAAGAUCCACAUAUAGUUUAUACACUGCUCAAGUGGGAAGCAUGGAGCAAUGGAAAUACAAAUAGUAUUGAGAAGGAGCAUCCAUUCAGGUUCAGUUGUUAAUUGGGCUCAAAGGAGGAAGUGAUGGAGCUAAGGAUCUGAGGCAUCUCCUGAAGGCACUAUUGUUAGUUAAAAGUAUGAUAUGUAUAUUAAGCUAUAGGAAUGUACCAGAUCUGCAGACCAGGGAAAAGAGGAGCCAUGGCCAUGCAUGUGCAGGGAUGAUACACUCCAGUUUUAUUCUUUUUAGAUAAUAGGUGGGUAAGUGCAAUUGUCUAUAGGAAGAGAGAUCUUUUAUGUUGAGACAGGCAGGCUUUUCUAAACAGUGAUAGACACGAUACGGUUCAAAAGCCAUAGAGGGAAGUUACUGCUUCGAGUAACUACUUUCUCCUGUGUGUAACACAGUUUGGGUUUAACUAUGUGCUCAUCUGGAACAAAUCGUUUUGUUCCCUAGUGAAGAGAAGGCCCUGAAAAUCUACUCUAUGCUACACUAUAACCAAGGACUUUUUUGUGGGGGGGUUUAAAAUUUUGCAAUUAAAUUUUGGUAUUAAAGAGAUCGUGGGACGAUCAGACCUCCGUUACAAUGGCUGUGACUUCUUUACGUUAAGCUUCUGUAGACAAGAUAGUUAACGGUCACAACAGAAAGAACCUCAUUGGCUUUUGAAGGGAUCCAGUUUCAAGUGUGUGAGAAGAUAGUCCCCGAUUAGCCAAACUCAUGGUAUGAGGGCCACAUUAAUUAUGUAAAGCUGAUGGGAACCCAGCAGUAUUUUUUUUGCUCUUGAUCUCGUCCUCUCUAAAAUUAUAGUCUCCCUAUUAUCAGCAUUUUACUUAAGCUUCUAAGUCUGCCCCAGUGCCAUACUUAUUUGUACAGAGCAGAUUUCACUGAUGGUCUGCAAAUCACUCCAAUUGAGGAAACCACACACACACACACAAAGCACAAGGGCUUUCUGCCAAAUUGCUUUCAUGCUAUCAGCAGUGCCACUCUGUCCAUGCUGUAUAAUCCAACAGAAAGAUCUCAUUGUCUCACUGUGUGGAAAUGUACUACUACAAGCUUUAGAAAUUAUUUAUGAAUGUUCCUGUUCACAGGCUGAAGUUGCAGCUUUCUAUCAAACACUCAAGAUUGUAAAUAUAUCUCAGAAGCAUUUGUUAUUCUGCACGCUCAAUAAAAAUACUUUCUCUACUCUGCUUUAGCUACCUGGCAGCCACUUCAUACUAAAAUGUAUUUUUGUCUGAAAAUUAUUGGAAUUAACAACCUGUCCUACAUGUUUCUUUACAGUAGCUGUGAUGUAUACAGAAAGCUAUAUAGCUAAAUAUCAACUACUAUAUGUACUCAGACAAAUAUCUUUUGGUUUGUUUUUAAACUCUUGAGUAAGGAGAAAUCAAGAUUUAUUGCAAGGAGAUCAGAUUGCCCCUGGAUUUAAAACAAGCAAAUGAAAUGGUUUGUUUCAACUUGCAUGAAUAAAACAAUUUGGGUUAUUUUAAUGACAAGAUGGGUUUUUCAUCUUAUAAGAUUGUAAAAGUCUCAGUUUGCAAAAACCCUGAGUUUAUUUCUUGAAAUUUACCACAAAAAGAAAGAGAAAAUAAAUGCAAAAUAUGAAAUUUAUUUUUAUCAAAAUAAUAACAACCCUGGUAUGUACACUAAGUUAACAAAGUAAAGUUUAAGAACUAUUUUAA